GUGCGAAACAAACAAAUGCCAACGGUUCGAUCGUGCACUCAUACGUAAAUUAAUACUCAACUACACAACUAAUAACUAAUAUAGUCAUAUAUAUAUAAUGUCGGAUUCAUUAUACUCAACACGAGAAGACCAAAACAAUCAAAGAUUUGAUCAGCUAGCACACACCCUCCAUCAAUUUAGAACCACAGUAAAUAACGACAUCCAUGGCUCCAUACAGCAAGAAAACUCAAUCUUGGACUCAUUAAGUGACAACUUCAGUCUGUUAAUGGUUCUGGUUAAACGAACUAGUGGAGAAUUACGUACUGUCAUGAAUAGAAACGCAAGCUUGACGAGAAUCGUGGGGAUGAUCUUGCUUGUAUUCUUUAUAAUCUGGAUGUUAUAUAAAUUUAGAUAGGCAAAAAUAUACUAACUACUACUACUACUUCUUGUUAACUACAUCAGAACCCAAUCUAUAGUUACCAAUGGCAUUCCCCCAGUUGAUCUUGGAUCGAGUGAUGGGCAAUAAUCUUCUCAAGUUCUUGAAUUGUUGUUGGUUAAGGUCGUUGAAUUGGUCAAUGAUCUUCAAGGUGACUUUAGUUUCGGAAUUACUAAUGAAAUUGACAAUAUCGCUGGCACUACCACCGACUGAUUCACCGUCCAACUUUUCAUCCAACUUCAAUCUGACAUUCCCAUCUUCAUAGUAAUGUAUAUCUAAAUUGACCGUUCCUGAGAUUUGUCCAUUUUGAAUGGCGUACUCACUCUUCCAUUGACCGGUGUAGAAAUUAUCAGGAUUCAAUCUGCGUCCAAUGAUAAUGACACGGACAACAUCACCAGGGAUAACCGUGAACGCAAACUGAGGGUAGUGAUCCUCCCCAUAUGUUUCCAAUUUUUUGACCAAUUCAUCAAAAUAUGAAGGAUAGUCGGCGUGUGCAGUGUACAGCUCUAUAUCAAUAGCCUUAAAGCUUUUGGUGUCAAUGUUAAACAUCUUCUUGGAGACAUAAUCAAUAUAUUUCGAAGAAUUGGCGUCUUUAUUAUAUUGACUGGCAAUAUAUCCCGAAAACACACUGCUGUUUUCAUUAAUGUACUUCUCAAGAGCUUGGUCAAUACUUUCAUGAGUCAAAGCAGAAAGACUGUUGUUGAUUUGAGGCAAUUCACCUGGUGGCGAGGUUUUGACUAAUGAGUCAACCAAUUGAUUUAAUUUAACUGACAUUGUAUGUAUUGCUUGCGGGAGCUAACUAGGUGGGUCCCUCGACUACACUUGAAAUCCGCACUGAAAAGUUACACCCAUAUGGAUCGAUUUGGUAUAUGCAGGACCACAACACACUAACCUGAUCCCAUACAUACAAUACGAUCAGAUUAAGUUAAGUAGAGUUGUUAUAUGUAAUAGAAUAUAUAAGUACACAUUCACGACAACAAAAACGCACCAGCUCCUUCCCUAAUGGCCUGUAAUAACUUCUCUCGCAUAACAUCUUCGCUGGAAUAAUUGGGCAACUUCAAAUAAUUAGCACAGGUCAUUACACUAGGUAAAUAGUCAUCAUCAACAUUACCCUUCAAAUCACUCAAAAUCAGAAUGAUAUCCUUGAUCAAACCCUCUCGUUCAAAAUUGGAAAUGAAUGCUGUUCCAUGCGAUUUUUCAAAUAUGGUGCGAAUAAUCUUGAAUGAUGCAAGUAGAAGUGCGUUUGCAUUGAUCUUGUUGAUGUCUUCUGGUUCGCUCCUUACUGGGUGGGCUGAUUCUUCUUC